AUGCGUGAUUCGCUCGAAGAAUUUUGUCGUCGUCAGACUGAUUUGAAUAGAUUUUAUGGUUAUCUUACAGAGGAUAAACUCGACAGUUUACCGAUCGAUGCAGUUUAUCGAUCAGUAGGAUUUAAUGUAAACUGUAGUCGACAAGGCGUCAAUGGAAGUGCAGCACUUGCACGUCUUGCUCCUAUACCACUUCUCUAUUAUCGAACACCGGCAGUCGCUGUUGAACUUUCAGGAUUAUCGGCACGUCUUACACAUGGUGAUGAUAGAAUAAUUGAUGUCUGUAAAUAUUUUGGAGCACUGAUUACGGCUGCUGUUCGCGGUGAAUCUAAAGAAGCAUUACUUAGUCAUCGAUUUUAUGAUGAUCAUCGAGAUUGGUUCGAUUGGAAAGAUCUUCACCCAAACGUGCGUACUGUAGUUCUAGGAUCGUAUAAACAACGAAGUAAUCCUAAAAUUGUCGUUCGUUCUACGAGUGAUAUUAUUCAGAUGCUCGAAGCAGUCUUGUGGAUUUUCUGGACUGAUAAUAAUUCUUUUCAAAAAGGCAUACUCGAUGCCAUCAAUCUGAAUCAUGAUAUGAAAAACAUAGCAACUAUCUAUGGUCAACUUGCAGGCGCCUAUUAUGGUUAUAAUCGAAUUCCCAUGCAGUGGAUUCAAUACAUAUACGCGCAGAAGUUGAUAACUUGCACUGCUGAAUGGUUAUAUUUUCUGUCGGAUUGUAUGACAGUUGGCCUUGAAAAACCUAAUGAAACUCAAAAAUAUGUAUAUUCAUCAUCGAGAUCGCCAUCAUCAAAUAUGGUCGAGACUGUAAGACAAAAGCAGGUUCAUCCAAGGAUGCUCAUUGGUACAGUAGAAAACCAACAUGAUUCUGGAUUUGUCUCUUUUCCAAAACUGACGAAUAGCACCGUCCAUACCUUCAAAGACUUUCAUAAAAAGAAACUCACUGCCGCUCGUGUUUCACCAUGGGAUUGGUUUCGACCAACAAAUGAAUGA